AUGCGGGCGCUUACUCCGCUAUCCGGUCGCCGGUCGCCCAGUCGAUAUCCAGACGAGUUGGAGCCACCCGGGGGCUUCCAGGCCGGCUGGCAGGUCCUCCAGCACAUGGACAUCGCAGAGGCGAUAUCUACUCGAUUUGGGGCGCUCUGA